CACGGGCACACACGGUGGCUCCGGUUGUGCGCUGCCUUCACAUGCGUCCGCACCGACUCCGCGUCGCGCUGGCUGCGCCAAGAUGAGCGUGGUGGCCCCGGUACCCUCCGAUCGGUACCAUCCCGCAGCCUGACCGAGUCAGAACCAGACCGACAGAGACAGACACAGAGAGGAGAGAGAGAGAGAGAGAACGAGAGAGAGACAGAGACAGAGAGAGACAGGCUCUCCCUCUCCCAGAACCCAUCUUCAUCUGGAAGAGACGCAGCAAGCCGUUUGUUUCGGCACCUUUCUCUUUUUUUAUUCCACCCCUCCUCCUCCUCCUCCUCCUCCUCCUCCUCCUCCUCCUGCUCUCUCCGCAUCCCUCCGUUAUUGUCCCGGUGUUUUGAAGGAGCACCGGCCGUGAUUUUGUGGGAAUACAUUUUUUUUUUUUUUUUUUACCUUUUUCUUUUCUUUUUCUCCGUUUUUCCGGCCGGGUGCGGGUGAGCGCGCUGUUGCUGCGCGCUUGUGCAAAUUCCGGUGAAUGGUGGAUUUGGCAAACAUGGAGACCGUGGAGAAGGAAUGCGGGGCCCUCGGGGGUCUGUUCCAGGCGAUUGUCAACGACAUGAAGUGCUCCUAUCCUGUGUGGGAGGACUUCAGCGCCAAGGCCACCAAACUGCACUCCCAGCUCCGAACCACUGUCCUGGCGGCCGUGGCCUUCCUCGAUGCCUUCCAGAAGGUGGCAGACAUGGCCACCAACACCAGAGGAGCGACUCGAGACAUCGGCUCGGCGCUGACCAGGAUGUGCAUGAGGCACCGCAGCAUCGAGGCCAAACUUCGCCAGUUCACCAAUGCUCUGAUGGAGAGCCUGAUCACUCCUCUCCAGGACAAGAUUGAGGACUGGAAGAAGACGGCGAACCAGCUAGACAAGGACCACGCCAAAGAGUACAAGAGGUCACGCCACGAGAUCAAGAAGAAGUCAUCUGACACCAUGAAGCUGCAGAAGAAGGCCCGGAAAGAGAUUCAGGGCCGGGGCGACCUGCAGCCCCAGCUGGACAGCGCCAUGCAGGACGUGACCGACAUGUGCCUGCUGAUGGAGGAGACGGAGAAGCAGGCGGUGCGCCGCGCCCUGGUGGAGGAGCGCGGACGCUUCUGCACCUUCAUCGGCUUCCUGCAGCCCGUGGUGAAUGGAGAGAUCGCCAUGCUGGGAGAGAUCACACACCUCCAGGCCAUCAUCGACGACCUCACUGUGCUGACCACCGACCCCCACAAGCUGCCCCCGGCCAGCGAGCAGGUGAUCAAGGAUCUGAAGGGGUCGGACUACAGCUGGUCCUAUCAGACGCCGCCGUCGUCCCCGAGCAGCUCCGGCUCACGCAAGAGCAGCAUGUGCAGCAGCGUCAACAGCGCCCACAGUAGUGCCUCCCGCUCGUCAGGGGGGGGCGGCGGUGGCGUCGGUGGCGGGGGGGGCGGCUCCCAGCCCCACUCGCCCACCUCAUCCUCCGCCUCCUCCUAUCGCUACCGCAGCAGCCUGCCGCACCAGCCCCCGCCGCCGGGGGGCAUCGCCGCGCACCGCCUCAGCAGCGUGUCGUCCCACGACUCGGGCUUCGUGUCGCAGGACGCCAACAUCUACUCCAAGCCGCCGUCGCCGAUGCCCUCCGACAUCACCAGUCAGAAGUCGUCCAGCUCGGCGUCGUCGGAGGCCUCGGAGACGUGUCAGUCCGUCAGUGAAUGCAGCUCCCCCACCACUGACUGGUCCAAAGCAGGUCAGUACGAGCAGCCGGUGGCGGCGGCGCCGGUGCAGAGGAGGAAGGAGCCUCUGGAUCGGCUGAGGGAGAGCGAGGGGUCUCCGGGCUCCCAGGGCUACGCGGGGCCGUCCCACCCCGCCGACGGCCAGACGACCAGGAUGACACCAGCGACCAUCGCUGCCAAGCAUGGCGAGGAGGUUUCCCCCGCCGCCAGCGACCUCGCCAUGGUGCUGACCAGAGGGCUGAGCAUGGAGCAGCAGAAAAGCAACAGAGACUCCCUGCAGUACUCCAGCGGAUACAGCACCGAGACCACCACCCCGUCCUGCUCCGAGGACACCAUUCCCUCUCAAGGUUCCGACUACGACUGCUAUUCUGUAAACGGCGAUGCCGAAGGUCCAGACGGACAGACGGAGUUCGACAAGUCCUCCACAAUUCCUCGCCACUCCAACAUCGCCCAGAACUACAGGCGCAUGAUCCAGACCAAGAGGCCGGCCAGCACAGCCGGUCUGCCGAGCGGGGUUCUUGGUCCCGGGGGUCACGGGAUACCGGGACAGCCGGGGGGGUCAGGCGGAGGCGGAGCAGGUACUCCAGGCACCGCCACCAUCCGCCGAACCCCGUCCACCAAACCGGGCGUGAGACGCACGCUGUCCAGCGCGGGGCCCAUCCCCAUCCGACCACCCAUCGUGCCUGUCAAAACACCCACCAUUCCCGGGGACUCGCACUCGCCCGGCGCGGGCGGGUACGCAGGCGGAGGGCACGCGGGCGGGGUCCCGGUCCGCGUGGGCAGCGAGGAAUGCGUGUUCUUCGCCGGAGUGGAGGACGCACAGGGAGCGCUCGAUUACGUGAAGGCAUCACCGAAGCGCCUCAGCCUGCCGAACACCGCCUGGGGGUCGGGGGCAGCGUUGGAGGUGUACGCCCAGCAGCACGGCGGCCUCGCCAUGGGCUCCGCCUCCGGAGUCGGAUCGGAGGAGGAUCAGAUGAUCGCCGCCAACCGGCACAGCCUCGUGGAGAAGAUCGGCGAACUGGUGGCCAGCGCGCACGCCCUCGGAGAGGGGCAGUUCCCUUUCCCCGCCCUGCCGGACGACCCGGCCCCGCCUCCGACCGGCGCCACUGACACUCAGGCAGGGACAGAGGGGGCGGAGGGGUCCGGCGACAUGCUGACCACCAUCAGGAGAGGAGUCCGCCUCCGCAAAACCGUCUCCAACGACCGCUCGGCUCCACGCAUAUUGUGAUGGGACGAAGAGAAGAACGAGGACGACGCUCAGCGGCCAAUCGGCAGUCCGGUGUUGGUGUGGUGCAACCCAACCACCUAGUAAAUACACAAAAACUUAACCAUGUAGGGAAAGCUAUAACAUAACAAAAGAUGAACGAAAACAAAAAAAACAUACACAAACAAUAUGUUUAAAGACACCAUUAGAGUAAAUGAUAUAUAAUAAAAUGAUAAUAAUAAUAAUGAUGAUAAUAAUAACAUGAGUAAUGUUAACCCAUGCUGACAAUUAAAAGUUAAAAUACUGAAUAUUGACAGGCUCCUAGCAGGCCACUAUAACUAGUGUGUGUUGGACGCAUGUUUGUCUUCUAAACACCCUCACCCAGAGAUGGAACCACUCGCUGGAAAAAACAGACGAAAAGAAGCAACCAGAGACAAAGAAAGAGAGAAACACUGGGUUCUGUUCUGUUUGCCAUCUUCCACGAUUCCCUGUCUUCUUCUCCAACUAACCCGACUGUCUGAUCCCAGAUGAAGGACUGCUGACUGAAAGCGGUGUGUGUGAGCGUGUGUGUGGCCGGCGGAGGGGAGGGGGGGGGGUGGAGUCAGAGUGCCAUGUGACCAGCCGGAUUCGAACCCGGGCCCUCUCAGCAGGAACACACUGCACCUGUGAGCCCGCUGAACUGAAGUGUUGGCAUUCGCGCGGGGAGCUAACAGGCCAGAGGAGACGCUCUGGUUCAUCUUAAUGUAAACAAAGCUCAGAAGAGAAAAAAAUGAACAAAAAACUCUGUUGGCAUUGAACCGUGCUAAUGCUGCGAUCCCCUCCCUCUCUCUCCCUCGCCCUUCAUAAAUGUGUGUGCGUGUGUGUAAAUCCAUGUGUAUGCAUGGUGUGUGUGUGAGGGGGUGGGUAGAGCUCUGCUGCAGGACAGCUGGUCACCCAACGAGGGCAGGGCUUUGCUCCUGUGUGUGUGUGUGUGUGUGACGUGUGUAUUCUCGUUCCUGUCGUGACGUCAUUUUCCUUGGUACCGCUGUACGAGAAGACGUAAUCCAGGCGUUAAUAGAUAUAUUCAUAUAUAUUUUCUAGAACCAGAGAGAAAAUGUUGAAUCAGAAAACGGAGCAAUAAAUGUGUUUUAUUUUCUUGUUUGGGUAGAAUUGAUAAGUGGCGGGGGGUCAAAGGUCCUCCGCAGACACAUUCAGGCAAUCAUCAGGAAAGCUAAAUUACACAUCUACUGUGAAGUCAUGCCUAGCCGGUUUUGGCGUGUGUCUCUCUCUGUCCCUGUCUCUUUCUGGUCAAUGAAAAGGAUUAAAAAAACUACAAAAA